UGAAAAAGUGAGACCGAAAGUCCCACUUGAGCAAAACAGCAAAUCGGUGCCGAUACAGCCUGAAGAAACAAAAGUUUCACAUGAUUAUAUAGUCACCCACCCAAGUCAUAACCAGGCACAAAGUAUCAUUUCUUCUGAAAUAAAUAUUAUGACCGAACAUCAACCCUGCAACCCUGGGUCUCACCCUCAUGUGGCUGAAACUAAAAACGAUUCAAUUCAGAAGGAUAGCUGA